UAUGCUAUUUAAUUUCAUUAUUUUACGCAUUAAUAAUAAAAUACUACCAUAAUUGUCCAUUUAAAUUUAUCUUUUUUAGCAUACGGUGAUGACGUUGCUGUAUAACAAUGGCCGAUAGCAGACGGCUAUUGAAUUCCCUUACAAUUUAUUGCACUUAAAUCUAAAGAAAUUAUUAUGAUCCAUGCUCCAUCGAAUUGAAUGAAUAUUUUUUUAAGAUUUAUGAUAUCAAACUCCAUAUAAUUUAUAAAUAAUUUAGUACUAAGAGACCUUCAUAUAGCUAUAAACCGAUAAUUAAAAUGUCACAUAUCGAGAUAUAUCAUUUAACUAUGUGUAACAAAAUGUGAAGUGACAAAUAAAUGGAUACGGCUCACGCCGUGAUUCCAGAUAAUUACGAUACUGGAUGAUAGUAAAUACAUGCAAUAUCACUAUAAUAGUGAUUCACAUAUAAUGGAUAGGGAUAGAACAAGUAAACACACUAAACGUCAUGGUAGAAAUAAAACAGGCAAGAAAACUAAAAAGAAGAAGAGGUCUAAAGACAAUACCCCACAGAUAGCAUCCCUGAGACCAAUAGUUGAAUAUUCAGAUGUGAGCAGUGAGGAUUUAUCAGCACCAGAAGCUGGCGAAAUUCAGUCUGAAGAAAGUCCAUUUAGUGAACAAUCAUAUUCUAGGCAUUCUGGGAUUGCUGAAAGAUCCAGAGUCAUACCGGAGUAUAUUGAUAUUCCUUCAAUAAAACCUCAUAUUAGAAAACACUCACCGACAUCUGUGUCAUCACAUGCCAGAAUAUAUUCACCUAUAGUACCUCAAGAAAUUUCAAUUUCAAGAAAACAUAUGCGACUAACACCACCUUCUCCACUUGUAUAUGAAGAUGAAGAGGAUAGAAAGCACAGGAAGAAGAAAGAAAAAAAACAUAAAAGAGACAAAAAGGGGAAAAAGAAGAAAAAGAAAGAUAGAUCAAAAGGAAGCAAUAGUGAAUUAUCAGAAAUUGAAAGCUAUGAGAGAACUCCAAAAUGUGAAGUGGCUUUAAGUGAUUGGGAAACACCUGUUGCAGCAGCUGCUAGGUCUGCAAAAGAUAUUUCACCUGCAUCCAUCAUUAGUCCAGAUGAACAAUUAAUUGAAAAUGAUUCAUAUUCACCUUCUAGAAAAACUCCGCCAUCUCGAUCUUCUGCAAGACGAUCAGACAUGUCACCACAUACACCUCCCAUAGCAACUAGAAAUACUAAAAUCUUCACCAUUGAGGUAGAUGAUGAAUCUAGUUUAGACUUGGUUUACCCGCAUAGUAGAAGUAUCUCCAAACAUAGGAGUCCAGAUUCUUUUCAUCAAGAUUCGUGUCAUCAUCGCCAUAGUUCAUCACACCGUCACCACAGAUCUGUUAAUGAAGAUCUUGAUUUAUCACCACCUCCAUCGAAGAGAAGAAAAGAGUCAAAUCGACACUCCAGUCGAGAUCGUAUCGUGCGACAUGAAUCUCGAUCAGCUGGUUCUCGGCAUGUUUCUAGUAAUAUGGUGGUAAUUGCCAGAGAAAGGGACACCAGGAGAGAAAGAAGCAGUAGAAUAAUUGUCAGAUCUAGAUCAAAAUCAAGAAGUCCAAGCAGACAUAAAAUACAUUCAAGAUCAAGAACUAGGCGUGUGUCCAGGAGAUCAUUUAGUCCACAAUCUCCAAUAUUACAAAAACCAAGUUCAUCCACUAGGCUACGGAAAUCACGAUCAAGGUCAAGAGGAAAAACGAUAAAAUCGAGAUCAAAAUCACCAAAAAGUCCUCCAGAAAUAUCGCCAAUUGCUAUUGCUAGAAGGAUAGACAAAGCCAAAAUCAGUGAUACUAGUUUAUUUGCAGAAUUAGUGAAAGACAGAUACAAACGAGCUAAGGCAUGGAAACAGUUAAUUGAAAAUAAAGAAGAAUCACAACCUGCCACUGAAGAUUCUACAAAUACAACUGAAGAUAAAGUUAAUUCAGAAACUAACUCCGUUACUCAAGGUACACCGGCCAAAGAAAAUGGUGAAAUUUUAACAAUGGAUGAUUCAAAUUCAAUGCCUAUGAACAUUGACGACAUACCAAUGCCUACUAAUAUAGAAGAAAUGAAACCAAACAUGGAUGAAGUAGAUAAUUCAAAUUCAAAUAAUAAAACAGAUGAUAUUGCGAAUAUUCAAAUUAAUAUAGAAAAUACGGAGCCUGUUAAUGACAGUACCACUGUUCCUGAUGAGCCAGUUGUGGAAAAUUCCAUAGUCAACAAUGUUGUUAAAAAUACAACUCCUAAGAGUUUGACACCGGUCACAAAUACUCUUGUUCAAACUCCACCUACACCUGGGAAGGUUAUUGCAAAUUUGCAGCCAGCAGUAAAUAAGGUGAACAAUUCUAAUACAGUACCAGCAGUUGCUAAUAAUCAACCCAAAAAUCUAACAAAGUUGCCAAUGCCUCCGGGUCUGACAUCAGCAGAAUUAGAAAAUAUGGCCUCUCCUCCUAGUCGUACUCCUAGCCCACCUAAGUCCCAACCACAAACACAACCACAACCUCAAGCUCAACCUAAAGUAAUCAACAAAACUCCUACGAAACCUGCACCUGCACCUGUUAAGAAAGGUAUUAUGAAUUUACCAAUGCCUCCAAUGGUUCCUGGCACAGAAGACUUAAGUGGCGAAGACGACGAUACCACUGGAGGCACACCUCCAACAUUUGGCAGUUCUGGAUCUAAAGGUCAUGGUGUUCAUUCUAUGAAUUCUGUUCAAAGGGCUGCAGGUUUAGGCCCGUCUCCUAGAGGUGGAACUAUGAUGAAGCAUAAGAGACCUAAAAUAUUACGGAGAAGAACAUCACGUGUGAUCUUGUCAAGUCCUAAUGCUGUUUUAGGACAAGGUCAAUUAUCAGGCAGAGAUUGGGGUGAAAGGUGUGUUGAGGUAUUCCAAAUGAUUGAACAAAUUGGUGAGGGCACUUAUGGACAAGUUUACAAAGCAAAAGACAAUAGAACUGAUGAACUAGUCGCAUUAAAAAAGGUUCGUUUAGAACAUGAAAAAGAAGGCUUUCCCAUAACAGCAGUUCGUGAAAUCAAGAUAUUACGGCAGCUGAAUCAUAGAAAUAUUGUUAAUUUACGAGAAAUUGUAACAGAUAAACAGGAUGCUACAGAUUUCAGAAAAGACAAAGGAUCAUUUUAUUUAGUUUUUGAAUAUAUGGAUCAUGAUUUAAUGGGACUUUUAGAAUCAGGAAUGGUAGAUUUCAAUGAAUAUAAUAAUGCAAGCAUUAUGAAACAGCUUCUAGAUGGAUUAAAUUAUUGUCAUAAAAGAAAUUUUUUACAUCGUGAUAUAAAAUGUAGUAAUAUAUUAAUGAAUAAUAGAGGGGAAGUGAAAUUGGCUGAUUUUGGUUUAGCUAGACUGUAUAAUGCUGAAGAUAGACAAAGGCCGUAUACUAAUAAGGUUAUUACAUUAUGGUAUCGACCACCAGAAUUACUUCUAGGAGAAGAACGAUAUGGACCAGCAAUUGAUGUUUGGAGUUGUGGUUGUAUAUUAGGUGAAUUAUUUUUGAAAAAGCCAUUAUUUCAAGCAAAUACAGAAAUAAUUCAAUUGGAAAUAAUAUCUCGCAUUUGUGGUACUCCGUCUCCGGCGGUAUGGCCAUCUGUGAUUAACCUGCCCUUAUUCCACUCCCUCAAGCCUAAAAAGAUUCAUCGGAGGAGACUGAGAGAAGAAUUUGUUUUCAUGCCUUCUUCAGCUAUAGAUCUUUUAGAUAAAAUGUUAGAAUUGGAUCCUGAUAAGAGGAUUACUGCUGAAGAUGCUUUGAAGUCAGCCUGGUUGAAGCAUGUGCAGCCAGAGAAAAUGCCGGCUCCUGAUCUACCGAAAGGACAAGACUGCCAUGAGCUAUGGAGUAAAAAGCGCCGAAGACAAUUACGUGAUAUGCAAGAAGCUAUGUUGAAUCAACAACAAGCAGCAGGAAAAGUAAUGUUGAAAACCAAUGAUAGUGCCUAAAAUAUGAAUUUGAUUAUGUGACUGACUAAACUGAAAGUACUUGUGGGUGAACAAAACUAGUUCGACAGAAGUGCAGUCUGAACAAUUAAUUAGAAUGGUGUUCAAGAACCUUACAAUGAAGAUGUGCCGUCGUGUAUAUUUUUUUGUAUAUAAAUUAUGUGAUACAAAUGUUGUGCAAGGAAGUGGAGUAAUAAGUGUAUGUUUUUUGAUAAAUCUGAAAUGGAAAAAAAUAUAAAAGUAUGAGUUUUUGAGUGAUAAGUAUCAUUAUUUUCUAAUUUAUAUAUUUCUGUUUUUUUUUUUAGUUUCAUUAAGUAUUAACACUUAGUUUGAGAUGCACAUGUUACUUGUGCAGAUUAAUUUUACC